AGCUGGACAAUUUUUGUUAGUUGGUGUGCCUAAUUUGGUAUUUUGUAUGAUGUCAUUUUCCCGCAAUGUUUUUAUAUUUUCUCAUUCAAUACUCCGUCCAACUGGUGGCGGUAAUGCUCCAUUAACAUUGGAUGCCAACAGCAGUUAAAUCCCAUUGAAGAAGAACCAUUUUUGUUCAUGUGUUAAGGUAAGGAGGUAAGAAUGUAAACAAUCAAGUUGGUAGCUUAACGUUAGAAACCCUGGAAAUAUUUGCAAUGACAUAGUUGCCCUUCAGUUUGGUAGUAUUAUCAGUCGGAUGCUCGACGCUAUUUAUCUUCUAUCAAUCUUGUAGUUUGAUCGCAUUUGAAUAAGCUGUCACCAUGACUCGAGAUAUAGUGAUUGGAGAUGAACUACCUGACUGGGUGGGGGCCAAGGAGUUCUACCAGAAAUAUGACCCAAAAGAGGUGAUUGGCAGAGGUGUGAGUAGUGUGGUGCGCAGAUGUGUGCACAAGCACACAGGGCAGGAGUUGGCAGUGAAGAUUAUAGAAAUCACAGCUGAGAAGAUGACUGCACAGCAGCUGGAAGAGGUGAAGAGCUCCACACUGAAGGAGAUCCAGGUUCUCAACAUGGUCAAAGGACACUCCUCUAUCAUCACUCUCAUUGAUUCCUAUGAAUCAACAACCUUCAUAUUUUUGGUAUUUGACCUCAUGAGGAGUGGAGAGCUUUUCGACUACCUGACAGAGAAGGUCACUCUCAGUGAGAAGGAAACUAGGUGUAUGAUGCGAUGUCUCCUGGAAGCUGUCCAGUACCUCCAUUCCCUCAACAUAGUUCACCGGGACCUGAAACCUGAAAACAUUCUGCUGGAUGACCAGGGACACAUCAAACUCUCUGACUUUGGCUUCUCUGUCCAGCUUCAGCCAGGCAAGAAUCUGAGAGAGCUUUGUGGGACACCAGGUUAUUUGGCACCUGAAAUCCUGAAAUGCUCCAUGGAUGAGACGCAUCAGGGAUAUGGGAAGGAAGUUGACCUCUGGGCUUGUGGGGUGAUUCUGUUCACCCUCCUGGCUGGCUCUCCACCCUUCUGGCACCGCAAACAGCUGCUGAUGCUCAGAAUGAUCAUGGAGGGCCGUUACCAGUUCAGCUCCCCAGAGUGGGAUGACCGGUCUGACACCGUCAAAGAUCUGAUUACCAGGUUGCUGGUGGUGGACCCAGUUGUCCGUCUCAACGCUGAACAAGCCUUGGCUCAUUCCUUCUUUAGGCAGUACCAAAGGGACGAGGUGCGUCACUUCAGUCCCCGGAAGACAUUCAGGGUACUGAUUCUGAGUGUGCUAGCCUGUAUCCGCAUGUACUGUCGCUACCGCAGAGCCAGGCCACUGACGCGGGAGGUCCUGGCCAGAGACCCCUACUCCUUGAAGGGAGUGCGCAAACUAAUCGACGGCUGCGCCUUCAGGAUCUAUGGACACUGGGUUAAGAAAGGGGAGCAGCAAAACAGGGCUGCCCUCUUCCAGAAUACGGCUAAAAUAAUGCUUCUUGGUUUAGAGGACUUUGAAACUUAAAAGAUCAUACUUGUUCUAGUAACCGCAUUAGCUUUAUGUAGUUUAACAGGUUUGACAUUUUGGUGUGCAUAUUUUUUCUUUGUGAAUGCUAGGUCUCGUUACAUAGGAUGAGGAAUUCAUGGUCCGGUGACAUGUUCGCCUUAAUGUGAAUAAUGGCUCAUUAUUAUUUAUGGUUAAGUGGAAUGAGAUGAGAAUUUUUUGUUAAUUUUAGGGUCCAAGAGUGCUUUUUGAGACUACUCAAAUCAGCUGGCAAUGGUUUUAGGAAGCAAAAGUGACAAAGCCACUUCAAUGCACUAUAUUGUACACAUAGGGCAAAAAAGGUGAACAUAUAUCCAUACCGAUGGUGCAGUUAAUGCUUGAAAAAGUGUUUUUAUUUUAUUGCUAUGACAUCCUCUAUUGAGUUGACAUAACAUUAUUUUUGUCAUUGUUUACUUCUAUUUGCUACCUAAACCUGUAUUUUAGUAAUCAUAUAUUCUUACUGAAUCUAAAAUAACAUAGCGGAAAGUUAGUGAUUGCAGAAGAAACAUUAAACAUUCCAAAUAUAGUUUUCCAAUUUCCACUGAUAGUUUGAGUUAAGGGUAUAGGAAAUGACGAAAUAACUGUUACCCCAGUCAGAUUAGUUUCCUUUCUGUGUUUGGUGUUUAGUGCAAUACGGCAAUUAUUGUAACCAAUAGCAUUCCUUUUCAGUCCAGUUUGAGAUUUACUUCCUUUGCCUAAAUUAAAAUGGCAUUCCUCAAUAAGUGGUGUACAAUAAUUGUACAACUGUGAAAGACCAAUGUUUUAUUGAUAAUGAAAGUAACCUAUUUACUUUGUAAUAUCUGUGUGUUGAUUUUGUGUUUAAAGGAGUUAACAAAAGCAUGA